UUUCCUGUAAAGAUGCAUACAGUGAUUUGUUGUUAGAUGUGAUAUACUUAUUGCUAAUUGGAGUUAUGGCAGAAGCUAUUGCAAAAAGUAGGAAGACAAUUUCUCAAUAUCCAACACUAACAGAAAUCGAACAUACCAGAAAUGUAUUUGUGACCCGUUUUGUUGCAAGAUUUGUCCAGAAACAUCGGAAGUAUACCAAAUUGCUUCAGGAAAAUGGAGCAUCACUUCCGGAAGCGUUUAGUAACUUUUCAGUAAAUUUCUGUGCAACUUUUGAAGACGAAGUUGAAAUGAUUGUAAGUGAAAAAAGAAACAAAAUAAAGAAUGCAUGUCGGAUGAAAGGUGCAUAUAGUAUAAAAGGACUUUUCCGUCAAAUUUAUCAGAUUGUACGCCGUGCAAGGGCGUCACGAAUAGAGAGUAAAUUACUAGACAUUCCUAAUCAUGACCUAAUGGAAACAUUGAGAGACAUUGCGUCCGAGUUAGGGUUUGCGUUUGAAUACCAAAUUGCCAUGUUGAAAUCGGAAGCGGAAGUACGUCUACUCGCAGAUCAUGCUGUGAGUUGUACUAUGAGCUAUUUGAAACAGUCUGAUGCAGCGUUUAAUAGAUGCCAUAUUUUGGAGGCAGUCACAGAUGUUCCACCGAAGAAAAGCUUAAUUCGUGCUGAAAAAGUAUUAACACGAAUUCAAAAGACGGACAAUGUAAAAGGAACAAAGACUCAAAAAUGGCGCCUUUCUGAAAUUUUUAAACAACCGGGUCUUCGUAUACCUGACACUGACGGGAUACGUUAUAACUUUUUAGGAUGUUUUACGCCUUAUGGCAGUUUAUGCAGACCGGAUAAAUAUGGAUUUCGUGGUCCACUCCACGUCUGGGACGAGAAAACAUCAGGCUAUGCUCUUCUGUACAACGAUCAAGUGUCGUGCAAUAGCGUCCAUCGUAGAGAAAUAUCAUGUGAUAUUACAGAUAUUCACCAAAAUUAUCAACCAAUUCAACUGUGUUCACACGUAUGUUUAAGUAAUAAGAUGUCCAAAGAAAACAUCGAAAGCGACGGAGAUCCAACGUGUACAGCAAAAAAACAAAAUACAGCUGAAUCAACUGAUUGUUCCCCUGUCUAUGACACUACGUGUGUCGAUAUUCAAGAAAUAAUCUUAAAUCAAGAUAGCGAAAACAUUUCAUCCAAACCAGCAUCGAGGGCAGACAGACAGACCUCUAACGAUAACGCGAACGAUGUUUCGCUUUAACAGACACAACGAACUCGGUCGGUUCUAACGAUGAGACGGAUAAAGUUAAAACAGAAAGAAAAGCAGGCACACUUAACCUCGUGUACAGCGACUUUGAAAAUGACAAUGUAUUAAUUUCUUCAAAAGAUGGCGGCUUGGAAGAUUCCAAUGAAUUAACAGACACAGUUUUCAUCGAAUCUUUCAAUAGUUCCCACCAAAGAUUAACUGCUACAAAUAGUGAUGUAGAAAACAGUAAUGUAGUUAGCGAAAGAGACGGACACAUGUCGCCAUUAAAAACCAGCUUUAAUGAUGACAUACUAGUAGCUGCAUAAUCAAUUUGUCUUCUGGAUAAAACAUUUAUUUUUAACUUAAAUCAAGUUUUAAAUACAAGAAAGUUAGCGAACCAAAAACAAUGUGAAAUUGAUUGAAUCUUAUUAUUUAUUUUGUUGUGUAGAUAUGAGAUAUCCGAGUACGACUUGUCACUAGAAUUUUGCAUAGGCUAGUUAAUAACUAUAGUGUUUGCUGAAAGAGACAAAUAGGAGCAGACAAGUUUUACCAAAUUAUAAAGUCUUCUCCUUUAAAAACAUGCGCAGUUGAGGAGAUCUGCUGUAAGGUAUUAAUAAGUAGAUUAAAUUGCACACGGUGUACAAGAAAGUUAUAUAAAAACAUUAAAUUUGAAAAAAAAAAUACUAAUCAAUGGAAUUCUGUAGACACGAUGAUUUUGUUUGCUCAUGUCUUAUUUGAUAAUACUACUAUGAAUCGUUUUGAAUUUUUUUAUGAAGUAAAAUCUUUAUAAGAUGUU